CGCCUUUCCGGAACGGGAACGGCGCCCCGCCCUCACAGGGAAAGGGUGCUCCUCUUGAGCGGUAAUUCUCACUUCCCUUUGUUUGCGAGGCCGCGAUCUUCGUACCGCCGUUGCCUCUUCAGACCCUCUUCUGCCUUAAAAAUUGUGUUCCUGCCCUUCCCACGCAGCCAGAAUCGUUCUGCGGUGUUCACCUGCUGGUCAGCUUGCUCUUUUUUCCUCGCGSAGGAAGCCUUUACAUCUGUACGGACACGUAACUAGGAAGAUGGCCGCGCCCACUGUUCCGUUUCCAGCGAUCUCACUGUGUAGAGUCUGGUGUUCUGGAGGUGGCCCUAGCUUACUAUGUGUGUGCCUAGUGUAARCGCGAGCAUUUGAAAGCCAAGGGGAUCUGGCCGGGAGGAGGUCGAAGGUGCCAAGAAAUGGGAGUCCUUCAACAGAUCCGAACUGUGCCAGCUAAUUGGGCAAAACGGCCGCGGUACCGCCUGUAUGUCCAAUACUGCAAGAUGGCCGCCCSCGGCAUCCGUGGCGGUGUGAGCGCCAACCUGUUUCCGCCCCUACAGACGAGCCGGAAGUCCUGGUGUCGGCGCUGGGCAAAACAUCCUUAAACCUUGCCUCGUAGGCCGCCGUAGGCCCGGCGCGGAGGCUGGUUGGGUCCCGGUUUGGAAAAAUUGGCGGAAGUGCAACUUCGCGGAGGUCCGCUGGGUUCCGGGGAGACUCUGGGCCUCGCGAGAUUGUUGACACUGGCCUUGAACUYGCAAUUCUCCUGCCUCAGCCUCCCCAGCCGCUGGGAUCACAGGUGUGCGCCACUGUGCCGGAUGCACACAGGUAGUUCCUGGAGCAAGACACAUCACAGGAAGUGAGGACAUUCCUGGACCUGGUACCACCGUUUGUGGAGACACCAUUGACUGGAGACUUAAGAUUUCUAACCAGAAAUUUUGGAGCAGUUCAAGAAGGAACUGAAGGCACAGUCCCCAGGUUAUUGGCCAUCUCCCAAUAGCAGAAGAACAUGAUCAAUCCCCAGGAGUUGCUGACACUGGAGGAUGUGGCCGUGAAGUUCACCUGGGAGGAGUGGCACCUCCUGGGCCCUGCUCAGAAGGACCUGUACCGGGACGUGAUGUUGGAGAACUGCAGGAACCUGGUGUCCGUGGGGUGUCAAGCCAGCAAGCCCGAUGCCCUCUCCAAGUUGUUACAAGGAGAACCGUGGACAGUGGAAGAUGAAAUCCAUGGUCAGAUUUGUUCAGAAAUUAAGAAAGCUGAUGAUCAUCUACAGAUACAGUUACGAAAUCAAAGAUGUCAGAAGAAAUUGGAACAGUGCCAUAAAUACAGUGCAUCCAGAAACAUCAUUCAUCAUAGAACAAAUAACUUUCCUUUAAGGCAAAAUCAUGAUAUAUUUGACUUUCACAGGAAAAGAUUAAAAUCAAAUUUAAGUUUAGUCAACCAUAACAGAAGCUGUGAAGUAGAGAAUCCUGUCAAGGCUAAUGGAGUUGGAAAAUCAUUCCCCCAUGCCAGGCAUGAACAAUUUCCUACUGAAAUUAAAUUUCCUGAAUAUGGAAAUUCUGUGAAUACAAAUUCACAUCAGAGAUCCCAAAAGGCAGAGAAGCCCCAUGUAUGCAUCGAAUGUGGGAAGGCCUUCCUCAAGAAGUCUCGCCUCAUAGAUCACCAGAGAGUGCAUACAGGAGAGAAACCUCAUGGGUGCAGUGUGUGUGGGAAAGCCUUCUCCAGAAAGUCCCGGCUCACUGAACAUCAGAAAACUCACAGAGGAGAGAGGCGGUAUGAAUGCACCGAGUGUGACAAAGCAUUCCGCUGGAAAUUACAGUUUAUUGCACAUCACAAAAUUCACACAGGAGAGAAACCCUAUGUAUGUAGUGACUGUGGAAAAGGAUUCGUCAAGAAGUCUCGUCUCAUUAAUCAUCAGCGAGUUCAUACAGGAGAAAAACCUCAUGCAUGUAGCCUGUGUGAGAAGGCGUUCUCCAGAAAGUUCAGACUCAUUGAACAUCAGAGAACUCACACAGGAGAGAAGCCCUACGAAUGUACUGAGUGUGACAAGGCUUUCCGCUGGAAAUCACAACUCAAUGCACAUCUGAAAACCCAUACAGGAGAGAAAUCCUAUAUAUGCAGUGAAUGUGGAAAAGGCUUCAUUCAGAAAGGCAAUCUCACUGUCCACCAGCGAACUCAUACUGGAGAGAAGCCUUACACUUGCAACGAAUGUGGAAGAGGCUUCAUCCAGAAGGGCAAUCUCCUUAUACAUCAGCGUAUUCACACUGRAGAGAAACCCUAUGUCUGCAAUGACUGUGGGAAAGGCUUCAGCCAGAAAACAUGCUUGAUCUCACAUCAGAGAUUCCACACAGGAAAGGCUCCCUUUGUAUGUACCGAGUGUGGGAAAUCCUGCUCACACAAGUCUGGUCUCAUUAAUCAUCAGAGAAUCCACACAGGAGAGAAGCCUUACAGGUGUGGUGACUGUGGGAAAGCUUUCAGAAAUAAGUCAUGCCUCAAUAGACACCGGAGGACUCAUACGGGAGAGAGACCCUAUGGGUGCUCUGACUGUGGGAAGGCGUUCUCCCACCUGUCAUGCCUUGUUUAUCAUAAGGGAAUUCUGCAUGCAAGAGAGAAACAGGUUGAUUCAGUCAAGCUAGAAAAUAAUUUCUCAAAGAGUUGCAGCUCAUCGCAUACAAAUGAUCCCAUGCAGGAGGAGAGUCUUGUUAGCAUGGAGACUAUGCAGAUUCCUUCUGUGGCAACUCAGACUUCAUUGGGCAACAGUGAGCUCCAAGCAGAUAGGAGCAUAGCUAUUGUGGGACAGCCAGAUGUCAGACAUUCACCCUCAGCAGAGACUAGACCUUGCAUAGAAAAGAAAUCGUAUGAAUGCAAUGAAUGUGAUAGUGCUUUCAGUGAUCAAUUACAUCACGUUUUAUGUCACAAAAAUCACACAGGAGUAAAUCAUGAUGCAUUGAAGAUAGAAAACCCUUGAGAAAUAUAGCUCAUUAUAUAGCUGUCAGUAUGAUGGGGAAAAAAUAGUAUGAAUGCUUGCUGAAUAAAUCAUUUAUGGGAAGAUAAACCUUAUUAUCAAUGGUCACAGAUUAGUGAGCUCAAAGGUGGUAGAAAUAUAAUGACCAUGGAGAAGUCCUUGCCCAAAAGAAAGAUCUCUGUAGGUGUCAUGCAAAGAAAAAUGGUUGGAAGACCUUUGAAGGCAGUGAAGGUGGCAGGGUUGCUCAUGGUACAUUCUGUAUCAUGUUAUCAGAGGAAAACAUAGAAGUAAAAGUGAACACUUGAAACAUCUUCAGUAAAAUAUCAGAGAAUACUUGAAACAAAUAAACCUGGGAAGAUGAAGAAUAGAGAUUUGCAUCAGAAGUCUAAUAUUUUACAAGAGAUAACAGUGCAUUUUAGGACAGUGUACCUUAGUCAAACUGUCAGUGGCUCCUUCAUUAAAAGGAGGUGAUUUGUGUUAAAGUUAUAAUGCAACUUAUCUCCCUUUUUACUGGCGCAAGUCUUCUUUUUCUACCCAGGAUCAUUAUGAUUACCUUUACACUUUUUUGGUUAUAAAAGAAACAAUGUAUUUAAAUACCACUAGGGGGAAUGAAGUUCAAACCACAUGACUAACCAGCCUCACUCUGAACCCAGGAUGCAGUUAUUAUCCUAACCCUGUGGUUUGUGUUAUUUUUGAUAAACACAACACACAGAAAAAUGCUAACUAUUUGCUUUUGUUGGUGCUGUUGCAGAAAGUAGGUGAUGAA